AUGAAGGUGGCAGUUCUGUGUUUAUGCCUUAUCAGUGUUGCUGCUGCAUGGCCAGUGAGUAAAUCCAAGCAGCAUGCCAUUUCUGCCAGCUCCGAAGAAAAAUACGACCUCAGGGGCCAUCAGUUACACAGACAUCACCCCCACCAUGUGAAUUCUCAGUCUUGGGAGAGUCUGCAGCAUGCACGGAAUGACCUGGCAUCACCUCAGCAGACUCUUUACUCUUCAGAAGAAAGUGUGGAUGUCCCAGAACAACCGCGCUUUCCUGAUGUGUCAAGCAAGAGCCAUGAAGAUGUGGCUGACGAUGAUGAUGAUAAUGAUUCCAAUGACACAGAUGAAUCCGACGAGGUUGUCACCAGUUUUCCCACAGACAUUCCAGUAACUGCAUCCUUCCCUCCUUUCCCUUUCACCCGGGGAGACAAUGCUGGCAGAGGUGACAGUGUGGCCUACAGAGUGAGGGCAAAAGCCACAUUGGUGAAAUCUAGCAAACUCCGCAAAGCUGCAAAAAAGCUCAUGGUGUAUGAUGCCACCAAGGAGGAUGAGAGCGACCUGGAUGCAGCCAGCCAGCAAGCAGGACUCUCCUGGGAGGAUUCUGCUGCCCACCGCUCCCUGGGGAAGCACAUCAGCAGCGGAAAAUGGGCUGACAAGAGCCAUGGGCAGGACAGCAGUGAGCUGGACAGCAAGUUGCGUGACUGGAGUAUGGAAAACAGUCAGCAAAAAUUUGACAGCCGUGAGAGGGAAGGAGAUGAUGACAGCAAGGCUAGUGUCAGAGGGGACAGUCACCAGAGCAUAGAAAGCAAGGAGAGCCAGGUCCAUGUUUCAGCUGAGAUCCCUGAUGAUAACAGCAGUCAAAUGCUGGAGAGUGCUGAAGAUGCUCAAGAACAUCACAGCAUCAAAAAUAACGAAGUCACCCUUUAA